AUGGGUUGUUGUCUAAGCUCUAAAAAAGGUUCUUCUCGUGGAAAGGAAGCACAUUUACAUGCGGGUCUUGAAUCUUUUAACCAAAAGCCAAGCCUUGAAAGCAGAGCUCCGCCGCCUUCAGCGGAAGAAGAAACGGUGAAAGAAGUUCUGUCUGAAACUCCAAAGCCCAAAGCUCGCAUCUUUAUCCCACAAGAAGAAGAGAAGAAGAAACCCCAGAUAGAAAAACCGGCGUUUGUCAAGAUCCAAGGGGAGGAAAGCCUGAAUUUUAACAUCAAGCCUGAGCCGAAAUUGCCUGUCAAUGUUAUUGAAGAGUCAGCGUCGGAGGAUGUUUCUGAGAUUUGUAGUGUUAGUGUAAGUGAAAGCGUUUCAACUAUAACCGACAGAAGAGACGAAGAAGAAGUGAGGCAGCAGAAAGUGUUCAGAUCUCCGGCGAGAUCCGGGUCAAGGAACCAGGUUGUGGGUAGGUCCCCGACCCGAAAAAUUGACCAAUCGCCUGGCAGAAGAAAUGGGGUUGUGAAUGGGGGGUCAGCAUCAGUGAGGUUGGUUCAUAGCAGGGAACCCACAGUGAGACGUGGGUCAAGACCCGACCCGCCAAGGAAGGACCCGGGUGAGAGUUCAGGAAGGAGGUCAAGGUCACCUGCUGUGAAUAGAUCUGUAAUGGGUCGGAGCCCGUCUGGAAGAAGGACCAAUCAAUCCCCUGGUAGGGCCAGACUUGAUCCGGGAGAGACGGGUAAUAGCAAAAAAGUGGAGCAGCAGCAUGGUGCAACUACUACAACCACCAUGGAAGGAAAAUGGCCAAGUAGCAAUAACAAUGCAGCUACAUCUAGUGCUCCAAAUGAAUCACUUGAAAAUCCUCUUGUUUCCCUUGAAUGUUUCAUCUUUCUCUAG